UACUUUGUUUCCGUGUUCGUGAAGUGCUCAACAUUUCCUUGAAGAACCCACCUGUUUACCCGUUCAGUCAUGAUCACUGGAUAAGACAGCUGAAAUUCGUGCCCAAUAGGACUUAAUUUAUGAGCGAAAACUGGACCGUACACACAUAUCCAGACUUCGAACACUUGCAUCUUUAGCCGGAUAAGGUCAGUAGUCUGUGGGCAAGACUCUUGAGGAACUUCUGGUUAAAGCGUGGCUGCUGCUGGUUACUCUGAAAACAUCAAGUUCAUUGUGUGAACUUCUCUGAAUUGUCUCUCAUAAGAGCAACAGCAACACAAUGAGUCAAUGGAAACAAAUCCAGCAACUGGAUAUUAAGUUCCUCGAACAGGUGGACUUUUUUUAUGAUGACUUUCCAAUGGAGCUGAGGCAGGUGCUAGCCAACUGGAUUGAAAGCCAAGAUUGGGAAACCGCUUCAAACCAUGAAUCCAUGGCUACUGUACUCUUCAAUAACUUCCUCAUUCAGCUGGAGAGGCAGUGUUCUCAGGAGCAGAACUUUCUUCACAGGCACAACCUAAAACGAAUAUUUCAUCAGAUACAGGUUAAAUACAAGGCGAACACUAUUCAGAUGGCUGCCGUCAUCUGUAACUGCCUGAGGGAAGAAAGACGCAUCUUAUCCACAGCUAGCAUGCAGGAACAGGGACCACUGGAGAAGUCCAUGCAAAACUCAGCCGCUCUGGAGAAGCAGAAAGUUCUUGACAACAAAGUGGCAGUGAUUAGAAGCAGCGUUCAGAUGCUGGACCAGGCUGUGAAGUAUCUUGAAGACAUGCAGGAUGAUUUUGACUUUCGCUACAAAACGCUCCAACUUCGAGAUCCAGUUGAGAGGAACUCUAUGGCCAUGAAGCAAGAAGUCACCACACUUCAGGAAAUACUGAAUCGCCUGGAUUUCAAAAGAAAGGAGAUUUUGUCAAAGAUCGCAGAUGUUAUAAAGGAAAUUGAAGUGUUGAUUUCCAGCCAGCUUAACCCUGAACUUAAGGAAUGGAAAAGGAGGCAGCAGAUCGCCUGCAUCGGAGGACCGGUUCUGAUAGGACUGGACCAGCUCCAGAACUGGUUUACCCUGACUGCCCAGAGUCUGUUCCAGAUUAAAAGGCAGCUGGACAAACUGGGCGAGCUGAUUCUGAAAGUCACUUACGAGAGCGAUCCAAUUCCUCUCCAGAGACCUCAGAUGGAGGAGCAGGUCAAAUACCUCAUCUACCACCUCAUUAAAAGCUCGUUUGUGGUGGAGAAGCAGCCCUGCAUGCCUACACACCCUCAGAAACCUCUAAUCAUCAAAACACAGGUGCAGUUUACCACCAAGGUCAGAUUGCUGGUUAAGUUGCCUGAGGUGGAUUAUCAACUCAAAGUCAAGACAACUUUCGAUAAAGACCUUCCACCAGGCAAAGUGAACAGACAGUUCUUCAUCCUCACCAACAACACCAAAGUGAUGGAUGUUGAGGAGUCGACCAGCUGCCUUUCUGUAGAGUUCAGGCAUCUGCAGCUGAAAGAGAGAAAGUGUCCUACCGGAGGAAAAGGAAAUGAGGGUCCCCUGUCAGUUACAGAGGAGUUACACUCACUCAACUUUGAGGCCAUGCUGAUGUUACAGGGCCUGGAUAUUGAUCUCGAGACUUGCUCCCUGCCACUGGUGGUCAUCUCCAAUGUCAGUCAGCUUCCAGGGGGCUGGGCCUCCGUCAUGUGGUACAACCUGCUAACGGACGACCCUAAGAACCUCGGGUUCUUCGGGAACCCUUUGCGGGCGAGUUGGAGCCAACUCUCCGAGGUGCUCAGUUGGCAGUUCUCCAGUUUUGCAGGACGAGGACUCAACAAGGAGCAGCUUAACAUGCUGGGAGAUAAACUUCUGGGUCAACACGCUUCUUUUAAUGACUGCCAGGUUUCUUGGUCCAAAUUCUGGAAGGAAAACAUCCCUGGAAAAUCAUUUAGUUUUUGGCUGUGGCUAGACUCUAUCCUGGACCUUAUUAAGAAACAUUUACUUCCUGUUUGGAUUGAUGGUUAUAUAAUGGGAUUUGUGAGUAAAGAGAUGGAACGUGCCUUAUUGAAGGAGAAGAAGCCAGGGACAUUCCUGCUACGCUUUAGCGAAAGUCACCUUGGAGGAAUCACCUUCACCUGGGUUGAGCAGGAUGAAAAUGGAGACCCAAAGUUCAUCUCUGUAGAGCCGUACACUAAAAACCGUCUCAACGCCUUGCCCAUCGCUGAUAUAAUACGGGACUAUAAGGUCAUUGCAGAUGGUGUUGUCCCAGAGAAUCCUCUGAAGUUCCUUUACCCCGACAUCCCGAAGGACGAGGCUUUUGGAAAACAUUACAAUAGCCAGCAAAACAAAGAAGCAGCUAUCCGCCAUAACCCAGCAAUCAAAGUUUGUCCUUACAUUCAGACACAGUUAGUUCCAAUUUCCCGUCGGAAUGGUCCAGUCCAACAUGCAUGUUCCUCUCCUGAACCUCCAAUGUCUCCUGGAAUGUUUGAAAUUAUCACCCAGCACCUCAGUCCCUUUGAGUUUGAAAGCGCUAUGAAUUCACCGUAGAAAGGGCAACAACCAGAUUUCGCUCAGUUCCAAGAUUUUGGAUUGGUUCGAAGCUUUCCAUCUCUGUAUUCUGGUUUCUUUUGCCGUUCUUAAAGUCCCCCCGUGGCGCAAAUCAAGUGUUUAAUGUUGUUUAUAUAUCUAUGUGGUGUUUUUAAUAUGCUUUAAGACAAACCAUGUACAAAUGCACAAGUCAACACCCUUUUGAGUAUUUUCUCUUUAAAACUGCAGUGAACCAAAGACUCAAAAACGCUGUUUGAAAUUGCUAGUGUUUCUGACAUCACAAACUGUAACUAAUCAGGUCAACCAACGUGUGAUUGUCAACGAGUGAACCUCUGGUGUGAGUGAGUGGAGGCGGGGGCCAAUUUGCAUAUUCAUGGUUCCGUAAAUAUACUAAAUGAGGCGAGGUUGUAGAGUUACAUUCAAGAUAUUUUAAGGCAUGAGUAAUUUUUAUAGACUUUUAGAAAUGUAAUUUUGAUGAUCAAAGAUGAGUUUUAAGGAAAUAAAAUCAUUGACUACAGGUGGCCUUUUCUGGCUCUAUGCCAUUAAAAAACAUAAUUUCUCUCCCUUUGAGUGUAUAUUCCAAAAUACUGUCAAUAUGAAAAUGUAUCAUGUACUUUUCAUUGUACUAUUCAAAUUCUAGUUAUGUGGUCUCAUGUAUCUCUAAAAUUCAGAUUUGACUAAACUGCCUAACAUUAUAUAAGUUUAUGUAUAUAUUAUGACAAGUUUUUUGUUUUUGUUUUUUAAUAAAAAAAUGUAUGGUUUCA